UUUCACUGGAUUCAUCAUGUCUACUUCACACCUUGUGAUUGUUCUCCUGUGUUUUCUACCUUUGGCAGCCUGUUUGACCUGUUACACCUGUGUGUUCCCGGCAAUCUCUCCUCUGGACUGCUUUAAGUUUCCUCAGGAGUGUCCAGCCGGACAGCGCUGUCUGUCCAGCACCGCCAUGGGGAAAAGAGGUGCUCUACAAAUCACGAUGUACGAGAAGAGUUGUGCCAUCCAGUCCCAGUGUGGCGUGAGCGGACAGAAAUACGCCUCAGGCCUCUACUUCAACUACACCAACGUCUGCUGUGACACCGACCUGUGCAACGACGCCGCGUCCUUUGCUGCCCUCAGCUGGAGACGAGCAGCUCUCUGCCUGCUGCCGGCGCUCACUCUGCUGCUGGCCUGA